AUGACAAUCGCCGGCGUUGUUGACCAGAUCGUCGAUGAGUUCUAUCCUUGGGCCAAGCCACAUGGCCAAAACUCCUGGGAUAAGGACCAACUCGGACAACCUAAACCGGAUGAUUCGUUAGGGCAACCUGCCCCUACCGGUCGUCCACUCGGUCAGGGUUUCCAACCUACAGACGAACUUGGCCAGCCAUUGCCAUCAUUGGAUGCACCACCAGCCCAAGAAGCACCAAAGAGCGAAACAACAGACCCCGUUAAGCCAAAGGGCAAUUUCACGACCUUUUGGAUACCUGUCAGCAACGUUAAAGCCCUCCCAGAUGAUCUCGACAGGAUCUCAAUCGUCCUAGACGCCACUGUCACUCCAAACGAUGUCGAACAUUAUACCGCCAUUAACUUCAUGACCACUCUUGACCCUGAGGCUCACUACCUCGACACUUAUAUCAUUCACGUUCGAUUCGAUAACUACGACGCACCCAUUCAUUUCACCCAGAAGAUUCUGAAAAAGUGGACACAGAACGCUAGUGCUACGAACUUCACAUUGAAGCAAGCCAGUUAUGAUUCUUCUGGUACUCGUAAACUGAGGAUUGUGGUUAACCACGUUAAGGAGGAUGACGUUGAUACUUAUAUUUUCUCUUUCUUGAGUGAGGAUGGUCAGUGGUUGACCCAUAAGUUCCAGCCAGGAUAUAAGAUUGACCACAUCUAUCGUUACGGUUGGAAGACAGCGGGUGAUUGCGCUGUGGAUAAUGAUUUGACAGUCACUCCUCUUCCAGGUCUCCCUCACUAG